AAGCACACUGUCCUGGGCACACCUCAGCUAUCUGGGCUGUCUGUCGAGGACAGUCAAUUAGUUGUAAGUGAGAGAGAAGAGGAUGUAGUGAUCUUGUCAUGCCAUUGAGUUGUUAAGACUCACUCUGGGUGGGUGAGAACCCUGUACCUGCCAGCUUUAUGUCCAAUGGCUUAACCACGACACCACCGAAGCUGGUCAUAAUUUUUUAAUAAAGUUAUCCUUUAAAAACUAUUAAACAAUUUUUGACAUCCAAAUGGUCAUCAGUUACUAGAUCUGAGAUGCACACAAUUUUCUCAAUGUUACACCGCAGACAGUUAGUCCCAUCAUUUUCUGUGGUUUAUUCAUGAUGUAAAACUUAUAUUUUGAUGACUAUUUUAGAAGAAACACUACAGGAAGACACUGAAUAUACCUGUUCAUGACACGAGAGUUAGCCAGCACUGGAUGCAGAUGUCACAGUAGGGACAGGACAUAAGCCUGUUCAUGACACAAGAGUUAGCCAGCACUGGAUGCAGAUGUCACAGUAGGGACAGGACAUAAGCCUGUUCAUGACACAAGAGUUAGCCAGCACUGGAUGCAGAUGUCACAGUAGGGACAGGACAUAAGCCCAAUGUUUUUUUCAGAUCAGUGAACCAUGAAAACUCCAAUAGAUGAUGCAGUUUGAUGGCCAAUCAGUAUGUCAGCGCAGUAUGAUGAGGAUAUUUACGACAACCCAUUUUUUGUGGCCUUGCAGACCCAGUUUGGUGAUAUUCUCAAAAAGGCAGCACAAAAUGGCUGGAUCGUUUGUGUGCCCCAGUUUCGUGUUGCCAGUGGUUACAAGGUGACCUCUAAUGAUGCCGAGGACCAUGUCCUCAUGCCCAAACAGUCCUCCAAAGAAGAUGGUCAGUCAGACGAGAUGGACACUUUCCAGUCUUUGUCUGCCAAGGAAGUUGGUUUUGUUGGUGGUAAGCUUAAAACGGGAAAAGGCUUUGAAAUCCAACAGCAGGUUACUAUUCUGUUUGAAGAGACGUUCUGUGACGACAAUGACGAGAGUUAUCGUGUGAUCUGCCUGGAGCAUUUUCUUAAUGCUCCUCCAGGACCUGAAGUAAAAGAAGAGACACAGCCCACCCUCCAUGUGAUGAACUAUGAACAGUGUUUAGAUCUUCUAUGGAACCACCCUGGAGGUUUGAAAACUCGGGAUAACGUUGACAAGGUUCUUGGCACGUUUUCCGCAUCCUACGAUGGAUUGGAGGCAGAAGGUCUUCGCGCUCUUGUUGAUGUUGCAACAACACAAUUUACAAAAAUCAUGCAGAUUCUUUUAAAGGAUUCAUUUGUGAAACGGGCUGCACGACACAGUAAAGUUUACAUGGACAAUCUCAAAAUGGCUGUAGAAAUGUAUCUGAUGAGUGCUGUACACAAGAAUCUUUUCCGAGUGAUCGCCACUGUCAUGUCUAGUUCGGACGCAGAGUUAAACAAAACCACGAGGAACUUAGCACAGCUUCAGCUACAUGAUCUGGGGGUCAGGGAAAUAUUCAGCCAAAAUAUAAAACCUGCUAAAAAGGAGCUUGCGAAAUUGAACAGUUACAGUACUCCACUUGGAAGACUACUGUGCAUUAAGAGAGUUACCUCCCUUCUCUCCAGAUCACCAUCCACAGCUAGCCAUUCAGCAGCGAUGAUGACCACCGAUGACUUUCUGCCAUUACUCAUCUUCCUUAUCAUCAAAUCUGAGAUUCCCAACUGGAAUGCCAGUCUGGUGUAUAUGAGUCAGUUUCGUUUUUCAAAGUGUCAUUUUGAGGAUGAGUUUGGGUAUUACCUGGCAUCAAUAGAAGCAGCUCUAGAGCACAUAAUAAGUGGAGAAAUUCGGGAGGAAAUUAGUGGCAAAGACAAACUACAGGGUUUCGGAUGGACUCCUGGUCAGGUGGAUGGAGCUGUAGUACAGAGACAGACCAGUGGCCCAUCUCACACAGCUGUCGAAGACUUCUUCAGGUAUGUGCAGUGUGGUGACGAGAAGGCUGUGGAGGCGAUGUUACAGAAGCCAAAGAAGGCAUCGGAGGAGAUCUACCUCAAGCUGUGUCACCCGCUGUGCUCGUGUGAGAAAUGUGAGAAGAAACAAGCGGAGAGCAAAACGGACUACAAUCUCGUUACAGCGUACACACGGGACAACAGGGGAUACACGGCUCUGCACAUUGCUGCUAACUUUGGUCAGGCCAUGUUGAUUGACCUGCUUGUGAAACACGGGGCGGUUGUUGACGCAACAGACUACCUUGGUUUAACACCUCUUCUACUGGCCUGUCAGAGAGGAUUUCAAAGUGUCAUGCUGAUGCUGCUUCACUUUGGCGCCAACGUGACUGCCACAGACAACGAUGGCAACACACCGCUACAUCUGAGUGCAGCAAAUGGCCAUGAAGAUUGUGUUAAAGCUCUUGUGUUCCACGUAAGCAGUUCAAGAAGGAUCGACAUCAACUGUGUCAAUGAUAUUGGAGAUACUGCUCUACACUUCUCAGCUAAAUGGGGAUAUGAGAAUAUCGUCAAGACUUUGCUGGACAGUGGUGCCAAUCCGACCAUCAAAAACCGUAAGAAGCAGACGCCAAUCAGUGUCGCUCAGAACAUCAACAUUCAGAAGCUUCUGGUCGUGGCCUCGGUGGAACAGUUUCAACUAAUCAAUAUACAGGUCGUACCUAAGCCGCCAGCCGACGUGAAGAACCUGCGGAAGAUCAGCAGUGUGCAGCAGUUGGAUGAUGGGAUAGAGGGAGGCACUGUGGUUCACGUGGAGACGGUAAACCUGUCGGCAGAUGACGUCAAGGUGCAGAAAACCAAGGACAAACUCUUCAGGGUCAUUAGAGACGGGGACAUUCAGUUGGUGAAGUACUAUCUUGGUUUCGACAUGGAAGAAGAUGAUGAAGAAACGGAAUCGGUGAACAUGAUAUCUGAAGAUGUGUGUCACCCUCUCUGUCAGUGUCCAAAGUGUGUCAGCGUUCACGAGACUGCGUCUCGAUCAAGCACUGGUCUGACGGUGAACUGUACUACGUCAACAUUCUACACCCCGCUGCAUCUCGCAGUGUUGCACAAACACAUCGACCUGGUGGAACUCUUCUUACAGAAAGGUGCAAAUGUGAACGCCAGGACCCAUAAGAACAUGACUCCACUACACUUAGCCUGCUGUGUUAGGAGUGCUCAGAGCUGUAUUAAGCUGUUAGAGUGUGGAGCGAAGGUGAACAUUCAGGACAUCAGUGGAGACACACCUCUACACAUCUGUAGUGCGAACGGAUUCCUCACCGGAGUCUUCUCCCUUAUAGAGCACAAGGCCCUGGUGAACAUGUUAAACAAACAAGGCAACACCCCGCUGCAUGAGAGUGUACAACGUGGCUACACCAACAUCGUGCAACAUCUUCUACAUUCCGGAGCUCAUCUUGAUGUCAUUAACAAGAAGGGCCAAACACCCACUCAACUUGCAAAGGACGAGAGUGUACACGCACUACUGGAGUCCUACUCCAAGGACAGGGAGUCGCAGCAGAGGAUGUCAAGAACCUUUAGUGAUCCAGUUUCAGUAACAUCCUCUGGUCAUGUCGGAAUCGGAGAACUAUUUUCUGCAUUUGAAGACCACGACCUUGAGAAACUUAAACAGCUGACGGAAGCGAUACGGACGUUCAACCGGCGAGACAGCCUCCGACGGACCGACACGCAGGACUCCAGUGGACCACACAUCGGACCGCUUGCACACAGCUUGUCGAUAAAACAUUUCGACAAAAGCAAACUCAAACAUGUUAAUUCUUUUGAUAAAAGUGGACCUAUGUACAUGUACUCAUUAAGUAAACGAAAUGAGGAGGAUGGUGGCGAUGAUGAUGAUGAUAGAGGUGAUGGAGAUGAUGAUGGUGAUGAUAAUGUUGGUGGUGGUGGUGGUUGUCAUGAUGUUGCAGGAAGUGAAGGUGCUGAAUUAAAGAAUGUCUUAGACAGCGAAGAAAGCAGCAGUGAGAAAUCAUAUGAACGUGAAAAGAUGGAUAUGAAUAGUGGCAGUGUGACUGGUCACAGUCCAACUGAAGGUUUUACGUGUGACACAGAUGGUCUGGAUGUAGCUAAAAAUGAGAAUUCUGUGAUAGAGGACACUGAAAACAGAGAAAUUUCCUCCAAAAUGUCAAAAUAUGAAGCUUCAGAACCAGAGGCAGGUAACUCUGAGAGACAUUCAGAAACGGAGUUGUCUGUUGAUAGAUCUAAAACAACCUCACCUGAAAGUGCCUUUUCCUCACCCAACAGUCUUCCAGUUCGAGAGGAUACUAGAUCCACUGAUAAGAGUGUAGAAGAGGAUGAAUGUGAACCGUCUGAAACUAGGACAGAUAUUGCUGAAAGAAAUCCUAGAAAUCCUACAACAGAGAUGUCUGUUGGUGAAACGUCAAACGAUACAGCAUUACCUGUCUGUACCUCAGUUCCUCACGACUGUAAUUCAGUUCCAAAGAAUAAUGAAUCCACAGAGAAAACAAUAUGUGAAGCAAAGGAUACAGCACCUGAAUCGGAUGAAAGUAGCUCUGAAAGAUGUUCUAAAACAGAGCUGUCUGGUAGCAAUAAAACUGUGAAGACAUUGUUACCUACAAAUGCCUCUUAUACUGAUGGUGAUUCAGUUCCAUCAAGAACGGAGUGCUUGGAUGAGGAAAUCCAUAACGAAAAUUGAAGACAUUUGAACUCACAGGUGAUGCUGUGAGUCUGUAGGUCUGCAUUUAGUAUGUACACAUGUACUUCCAAGAAUUCCAGAAAUCACAAUCAUUAUAUUAUUCUUACCUAGAUCCAUUCAUAUAGAGGCAUGGUUCUAGCUGUGAGGAGAUGUUGAAUAUAUAUAUAUUUUUUUA